ACAAACAAGAUCUCUCAGAUUUCGAUCCUCCGAAUCUCCCUCUUUUCAUUUUCACAUUCUUCUUAUUAUUUAUUCACCCUUUUCCCCUAACUUCACCAUUCAUUAUAAAGCAUAACCAUCUCUCUCUCUUCAUUCUUGAGGUCUUCUUUCAUUUUAUACCAUUCUUCUUAUUUCUUUUUACCAAUCACUACUUAUUCAAUCCAAGGAUGGCUGCCGCCGGCGAUCUUUUCAGGCAUGGUUUGCCGGAAGUUGGUGGUGCCGGGAAGUUACACGUGCUUGCUGUUGAUGACAGCCACGUGGACCGCAAGGUGAUCGAGCGGUUGCUCAAAAUCUCGUCUUGCAAAGUGACGGUGGUGGAAAGUGGUAGCAGGGCUCUACAGUAUCUGGGGUUGGAUGGAGAAAAAAGUUCCAUUGGUUUUGAUAGUGUGGAUGUUAAUUUGAUAAUGACGGAUUAUUCCAUGCCGGGGAUGACAGGAUACGAAUUGCUCAAAAAGAUUAAGGAGUCAUCUGUUUUUAGAGAGGUUCCAGUGGUGGUUAUGUCGUCUGAGAAUAUCUUGACCAGAAUUGAUAGUUGCUUGGAGGAAGGAGCAGAGGAGUUUCUGUUGAAACCUGUCAAGUUGUCAGAUGUAAAACGCGUAACAGAUUUCAUCAUGCGAGGCGAAGGGAUGAAAGGAGUAAAAAGAUCUAAAAAAAGAAGCCGAUCAGAUGAUUGCAUUCCAUCUCUAUCAACUGCAUUUGCAUCAGUUUCUCAUCCAUGUGAUCUAUCAUCACCUCCAUCACCAUGUGUAUCGCAAUCGAAGAAAUCUAGAUUGAGCAUAUAGAUUGAGCAGCAAUGUUUAUGUCUCCAUUUUUGCCUAACCAUUGUUCAUAUUCAAAAGCCUCUGAUGUAAUUUGCGUUUUUACACUAAACAUUGCUGACAACGACUACUAGAAUUAGGAAUGAGGAAGAGGAUGACAGAGUCAUUUUGUUCUUUAGUUCGGUCGCUUACAUAUUUUUUUGCUGAUUUUGCUGCUGUACAGAGAAAGUUCAUUAAAUUAAUGAAACCCUCUAUUUUGAGGGGUCUUCAAAUUUUUGUUUA